CUCCGGUUGCUCCUCCCGGCGCUGCGCGGGGGGCGGCGGGGAAGCGUGCGGCUACCCUCAGGCUGCGCCUCCCCUCAGGCCGCGCCGGGAGCCCGGGCCCGCGGCAGGCCGUGCCCGGUACCGUGAGGGGAAGAUGGCCUCUCGGAGGAUCACCCGCGACUCGUUCGAGGCCGUGGUGCAGGACAAGGUGAAGCGGUACCGGAGCGGUGCCGCGGGGGAUCCCGGCCAUCGUUUCCCAGCUCCCUCCCGGCUGCCCCGGCCCCGCUACCACGAGAGCUUCCAGCACGACGGGCGCUUCCCUCCGGCCGACUGCCAGCACCAGGACUGGAGCCAGGAGCCCGGCGAGGAUUACCCCGGGGAGAGCUACCCUGAGGAGGAGUAUCCAGGGGACAGCUACCCCGGGGAGGAUUACCCCGGGCAGAGCUACCCCGGCCCUUCCUACCGCGCCGCCAGCCCCCUGCCCCGCAAGGAGAAUUAUUUCCACGGACGCUUCUCCCGCCCCGCGCCCCGCGAGCGGGAGUUUGGCCAGGAUUACAGGAAAUUUGGCCGUGCGGCCGCCCCCAGCAGGGAGUUUGGGCAGCACCCCGCUCCCCGCGGCCGCGAGUACGGGCAGCAGGAGUACCGGGAUUACGGCCCCUCCCCGGAUUGCUGGGAGCCUGGCGGGCAGCGCGCGGCGGGGUUCGGCUCCCCAGAGCUCCUGGGGGAUUUCAGGUCCCCCGGGCUGAUGGAGGAGGAGGAGUACGGCAGCGUGGAGGAUCAGGAGUACGAGGCCGAGGACGGCGAGUUCCGGGCGCGCAGGGGAGGCACGGGCAGGGCGAGAGGGCUCAGGGGGAAACGCCUCAGCAGGGGCGUGCUGAAGGCCAAGGUGUUCAAAGGAGACCUCAAAAGCCCCCUCAAGAAGUGGAGUGUGAAGAAGGCGCAGCCGGGCCUGGAUCCCAAAGCUCUGGAGCAGCCUCUGGAAGCGGGUGAGCAGAGGCCGGGGCCCCUCCAGCAGCACCCCAAGCUGCCCCCGCACCCCGUGGCGCCCCAGAGAGCCGUCCUGAGGCUGCCAAAGCCCGCCCACGUCUUCAGGAACCUCAACCUCGACCUGGUGGACAAGUCGGACAUCUUCUCCACCUUCGGCAUGGAGAUCAUCAGGUGGGCCGGGUUCCACGCCGUCCGCAGCGACGCCGAGUUCUCGCGGCUCUUCGGGGCCCUCUUCGAGCUGGAGACCGAGACCUGUGCCAAGAUGCUGGCCUCCUUCAAGUGCUCCCUGAGGCCCGAGCACAGGGAUUACUGCUUCUUCACCAUCAAGAGCCUGCAGCACGCCGCCCUGAAAACGCCCAAGGUGGACAACGAGUUCCUGAACAUGCUGCUGGACAAGGGCGCCGUGAAAACCAAGAACUGCUUCUUUGAGAUCAUCAAGCCCUUCGACAAGUACAUCAUGAGGCUGCAGGACCGCCUCCUCAAGGGGGUGACCCCUCUGCUGAUGGCCUGCAACGCCUACGAGCUGAGCCUCAAAACCAGCGGCUUCGGCAGCCCCCGCGAGAUGGCCGGCGCCUUCGAGACCACCGUGUCCCUGUGCAGGAAAUCCCUGGCCCUGCUGGGCCAGACCUUCGCCCUGGCCUCCGGCUUCAGGCAGGAGAAGAUCCUGGAGGCCGUGGGGCUGCAGGAGAUGGCCCCGGCGCCCACAGCCUUCCCCAACUUCGACGACUCCACGCUCUUUGGCAGGGAGUACAUCGAGCACCUGAAGGCCUGGCUGGACAAGAGCGGCUACCCCAUCCAGAUGAGAAAGGCAGGGGCAGGAGCCGGGGAGCGGCUCAGAGCAGCCUCCCCCGAGGCCAGAGCCCCCCAGCGAGCUGACAGGAGGGUUCUGGACACCAUUGAGCAGCUGGUGAGCAGCAUCGUGGCAGGAACUUUGUCUGCCAAGGACAGGAAUGCCCAGAAAAACUCUCCUGAAUACUGGUUCCUGUCCGAGGAGGACAGCCUGGAGUACAAGUACUACCGGCUGAGGCUGUCGGAGGUGCAGAGGAGCAGCCUGGCAGGGGAGGCAGCAGCCCCCGAGGCCCUGAGGGCCAUGCUCUAUGCCAGGAGGGUGGCCAGCAUCAAAAGGAGACUUUUCAAGAGGAAAAAACCACCUGGGCUUGUCCCUGCCCGUGGCAGGAAGGUGAGGAGGGCGAGCGCUGGCACCCAGACCCUGCUGUCGGCGGGCACAGGAGCGAAGCACCCUGAGCAACACCUGUCAGCUGGCACGGGAGUGAAAUGUUCAGGCAGAAAUGUUCCAGCUGGCAGGGGAGUGAAACACCCAGACAAAAAUGUUCCAGUGGGCGCAGGAGUGAAACACCCAGACCAAAAUCUGUCAGCUGGCACAGGAGUGAAACAGCCAGAGCAAAAUGUGUCAGGUGGCACAGGAGUGAAACAGGCAGAGCAGAAUGUGUCAGGUGGCACAGGGCUGGAACAGCCAGACAGAAAUGUUCCAGCUGGCACAGGGCUGGAACAGCCAGACCAAAACCUUGCAGCUGGCACAGGAGUGAAGCAGCCAGAGCAAAACCUGUCACCUGGCACAAGGCUGGAGCAGCCAAACCAGAAUUUGUCAGCUGGCACAGGAACGAAACACCCUGACCAAAAUGUGUCACCUGGCACAGGGCUGGAGCAGCCACACCAAAACCUUGCAGCUGGCACAGGAGUGAAACAGCCAGAGCAGAACCUUGCAGCUGGCACGGGGCUCAAACACCCAGAGCAAACCCUCCCAGCUGGCACGGGGCUGGAGCACCCACACCAAAACAUUCCAGGUGCAGAGGCUGGCCUGGCCCAGCCUGGCCCCGGUGCCACCUGUGCCCCACAAGGUGCCAGCAGCAGCUCCCAGGUGCCCGUGGCAGCAGAGGGAAGAGCAGAUCCUGAGGGUUUGGCAGCAGAUCCCGAGCUCCCCCCAGCACUGGCAUCACAGUUUGCUGAUGUGGAUGCCAAAACCAUGGAGACUGCGGAGAAGCUGGCCAGGUUUGUGGCUCAGGUAGGGCCGGAGAUUGAGCAGUUCAGCAUUGACAACAGUGCAGACAACCCCGAGCUCUGGUUCCUGCAGGACCAAACCAGCCCCGCCUUCAAAUUCUACCGCAUGAAAGUGCUGGAGCUGUGUCCCUCCAUCACCUUCAGCCCCGAGGCUGCCGAGGCUGCCCGAGCUGCAGGGACAGCCCCGGACACCGAGGAGGACGACGAGGAAGAGGAGGAGGAAGAGGAAGAAGAAGAGGAGGAAGAAGAAGAAGAGGAAGAAGCAGAGUUUGAACCCUCCCAAGCUGAUGAGGAGGAUGAGGAUGAUGAGGAGGCCGUGGCAGCAGGUAGAAGGGUGACAGAGCUAGAGGAAGAAGUGGUGUCCGUGGCAGGAGAGGAGGUAUCAGGAGGUGACGUGCAGCCCUGCGGCCGCUCUGACGGCGCUGUCCCAACUCUGUCGACACAGGCACCCCCCGGCCCGGGCCCCGGCGCGCGCUUCCCCCGCAAACGCGUCAGCUCCAAGUCGCUGAGGGUGGGCCUGAUCCCGGCCCCAAAAAGGAUCUGCCUCGUCCAGGAGCCCAAAGUGCAUGAACCUGUCAGGAUUGCUUAUGACAGACCCCGGGGCUGCCCUGUCACAAAGAAAAAAAAGAAGCCCAGGGCGCUGGAGGUGCCCCAGAAGAGGCUGAGCCCCAGGAACGUGGGGUUCCAGAUGCUGCAGAGGAUGGGCUGGCAGGAGGGGCACGGGCUGGGCACGCGCGGCCGCGGCAUCCGCGAGCCCCUGCACCUGGGUGCAACCUCAGCUGGGGAGGGUUUGGGAGUGGCAGGGGAGGAAAACCAAGAAGAUGCUUUUGACAUUUUCCGCCAGAGGAUGAUCCAGAUGUACAGACAGAAAAGGGCAAACAAAUAGCUCCAGGCUCUCUUCCAUGAAGACCCCCGGGCCCCCUCCCCUCCCUCCCGCGCUGUCUCUGCUGCGUUUGCUCCGAUUUGCCCGGGAUCCACCCAAAAUUCACAUUUCACACCCCAGAUUCUGGAUUUUCCAUCCCAAAUUUCACAUUUUCCGCCCCGAAUUCUGGAUCUUCCCUGGAAUUCCGCCCCAAAUUCUGGAUUUUUCCGCCCCAAAUUCUGGAUUUUCCGCCCCAAAUUUCAGAUUUUCCCCUGGAAUUCCACCCCAGGUUCCCUCCUUUCCAUCCCAAGAGAUGGAAAACGAGGAUUUCCCCCCAUUUUGGUGUCAGUGACGCUUUGGUAGAAACGUUCAACCCAGUAAAUGUGGGGCUGGACAAUUCCUGCUGCCUGUGACGUUGAAUUUGGAUUUUUGUUGUGGCUUUGGCCCUUUGGAGGAGAUAUGCGUUUUUAUUUUAAUUUAAUUAAUUUGGUUUUGCUGGAAUUCGGAAUUCCUCUGGGUGCAGAGCAGGAUUUUGGGGUCAAAAUCCAUUUUUGGGCUGGGAUUCCUCACCAAAAACUGGAAUUAUUUCCCAAAAAUCAACGUACGACUUUUUGGUUUUUUCCUCUUGACCUCCCACUCUACUUCCAGCUUUUAUUUUACCCAAAUAAAUCCUCAAAAAUCCAAAUAUUCUCCUUUUGGCUUCUCCCUACCCUAAUUAAAACAAAAUUUGAAAUUAAUUUGAAUUUUGAAUCCUGCAUAUCUCAGAGCUGAGUGGCCAAGCACAACCCAAGGUGGGUUUGAGCAAUAAAAUACCUGAAAAUCAGAAUAAAACACCUGGAAAAAUCAGAAUAAAACACCUGAAAAUCAGAGUAAAACACCCGGAAAAUCAGAAUAGAACACCCAAAAAAUCAGAAUAUGCUGAAACCACCUGGGGUUUUUCUGAAAUAAAAUCCAAUUUUGGGGUUUUUUGGUGACCAGUUUUGGGGUUUUUGUUCCGUUUGGGGCUGGGACUGUUGGAGUUCUCUGUGCCAAUAAAAUUCUGGUGUUGGAAA